AUGAGCCAGCAGAGGCCCAGCAUCAUCGGGUGUCCAAAAAAUGUGAAACCCCAAAACUUAACAUCUAUAUCAGAAUUCCUCCUCCUGAGCCUCUCAGAGGAUCCAGACCUGCAGCCCCUCCUCUUUGGACUGUUCCUGUCCAUGUACCUGGUCACAGUGCUUGGGAACCUGCUCAUCAUCCUGUUGGUCAGCUCUGACUCCCACCUCCACACCCCCAUGUACUUCUUCCUCUCCAGCCUGUCCUUGGCUGACAUCAGCUUCAUCUCCACCACGGUCCCAAAGAUGCUCAUGAACAUCCAAACUCACAGCAGAGCCAUCUCCUACGUGGGUUGCCUGACACAGAUGUGUACUUUUAUGCUUUCCGGAUGUAUGGAUGACAUGCUUCUGAGUGUGAUGGCCUAUGACCGGUUUGUGGCCAUCUGUCACCCCCUGAACUACCCCAUCAUCAUGAACCCUCGUCUCUGUACCAUCUUAGUUUUGAUGUCAUUAUUAAUUAGCCUUUUGGACUCCCAGAUACACACUUUAAUUGCAUUACAGUUUGCCUAUUUCAAGGAUGUGGAAAUUUCCAAUUACUUCUGUCACCCUUCUCAAAUUCUUAAUCUUGCCUGUUUUGAUUCCUUUAACAGAAACAUAGUCAUUUAUUUUAUUGGUGCCAUAUUUGGCUUUCUUCCUGUCUCGGGAAUCCUUCUCUCUUACUCUAAGAUAUUAUCAUCAAUUCCGAGGAUCCCAUCCUCGGGCGGGAAGUACAAAGCCUUCUCCACCUGUGGGUCUCACCUGGCAGUUGUUUGUCUAUUUUAUGGAGCAGGCAUUGUAGAGUACCUUGGUUCAGUUAUGUCACAUUCUCCCAAAAACAGUGCAGUGGCAUCAAUGAUGUACACUGUGGUCACCCCCAUGCUGAACCCCUUCAUCUACAGCCUGAGGAACAGGGACAUUAAAAGUGCCCUGAGGAGGCUGCACAGCAGGACAGUGUAA